AUGGAAGUUUUGUAUGUCCUAUCUUGGAUUUGCAUCUUGGGUUUGGUUUUGUUUCAAGGAAAUGCAGAUCCUGUUGAAUAUAAGCAAGCAUUGCUUAAUUUUAUCAACAAGAUGCCCCAUUCUCGUGCUCUAAACUGGAAUCAGACUUCCCCAGUAUGCAACAACUGGACUGGAGUGACUUGCAAUGCUAGUGGCUCUCGGAUAAUAGCUGUUAGAUUGCCUGGAAUCAGAUUACACGGUCCAAUUCCGUCCAAUACCAUUAGUCAUCUCUCAGCUUUGCAGGUUUUAAGCCUUAGAUCCAAUGGUAUAAGUGGUCACUUCCCUUCUGAUUUCUUUAAUCUUAGAAACUUAUCUUUUCUUUAUCUUCAAUACAACAACUUGUCUGGACCACUGCCUGUGGAUUUCUCGGUUUGGAGGAAUCUAGCUAUUGUUAACCUGUCCAACAAUCGGUUCAACCAGAGUAUUCCUAGUUCGUUGUCAAAUUUGACUCACCUCCAGGCGUUGGAUCUUGCAAACAAUUCACUUUCUGGUGAAAUUCCUGACCUGAAUUUGCCUAGCUUGCAACAGAUAAACUUGUCCAACAAUAAACUCACCGGUAUUGUUCCGAAGUCACUUUUAAGGUUCCCUAGUUCGUUGUUUGAAGGUAACAACGUUUCUUUCGAAAGAAUCCCUCCUCAUCCGUCACAUUUUGGUGCACCCUAUGGCGAACCGUAUCCGACAUCUAAAAAGUCCAGGAGGCUUGGAGCAACUGUAUUGCUGGGAAUAAUAAUUGCUUGUUGCAUUCUAGCAAUUGUGGCGUUUGUGUUUUUCGUAAGCGUGGGCUGCUCAAGAAGAAAGAAUGAGGAUGUGUAUUCGCGGAAGUUGCAAGCCGGAGGGAUGUCACCGGAAAAAGCGGUCUCGAGGAGUCAGGAUGCAAAUAAUAGAUUGUUCUUUUUCGAGGGCUGUAAUUAUACAUUUGAUUUGGAGGACUUAUUGAGGGCUUCUGCUGAAGUACUAGGGAAGGGAACUUAUGGUAUUUCCUAUAAAGUAGUGCUAGAGGAUGCAACAACAGUGGUAGUGAAGAGGUUGAAGGAGGUUAGUGUGGGGAAGCGGGAGUUCGAGCAACAAAUGGAGGUUAUUGGAAGCAUUCGGCAUCUGAAUGUCAUCGAGCUGAAAGCAUAUUACUACUUAAAAGAUGAAAGGCUGAUGGUUUAUGAUUAUUACAGUCAGGGAAGCGUUUCUUCCAUCUUACACGGUAUGUAAAAAAGAGAGACUAGAACCCCUCUAGAUUGGGAUGCCAGAAUGAAAAUUGCAAUCGGGGCAGCUAGAAACAUUGCCUGCAUCCAUACAGAAAAUGGUGGCAAGUUUGUCCACGGCAACAUCAAGUCCUCCAACAUUUUCGUCAACUCCCAACAAUACGGCAGUGUAUCGGAUCUCGGACUAUCAACUAUAAUGGGUGCACUUGCCCCUCCCAUCUCCCGUGCUGCUGGUUACCGUGCCCCUGAAGUUACCGACACCAGAAAAGCUAUGCAACCUUCUUAUGUCUAUAGCUUUGGAGUGGUCUUACUUGAGCUCCUAACCGGAAAGUCCCCUAUCCAUACUACUGGUGGCGACGAGAUCAUCUACUUGGUCAGAUGGGUUCAUUCGGUAGUUCGAGAAGAGUGGACAUCUGAGGUUUUCGAUAUUGAACUGACGAGAUAUCCAAACAUAGAGGAAGAGAUGGUGGAGAUGUUACAAAUAGCAAUGACAUGUGUUGUGAGGAUGCCGGAUCAAAGACCGAAAAUAGCAGACUUAGUUAAAAUGAUAGAAAAUGUCCGAGCGAUCGAGUCCGAGAAUCGACCAUCUUCGGGAAACAGAUCUGAAAGUUAACCACCGGCAACAACGAUGGGGAAAGAAUCCCAUGUCUCACAAUGA